AUGAAGUCUGUCGCUGCCAUCUCCGCCCUUGCGGCCCUGUCCGUCGUCUCGGCCAAGCCUACUGCUACUGAGCGCGAGGCCCCCAUCAAGGCCCGUUCCUUGCCCGCAGUCUCCGCCUCCGGCAACGCUUUCUACGCUGAUGGCACCCGCUUCUACGUCCGUGGUAUCGACUACCAGCCCGGUGGCUCUUCCGAGAACGUCGACCCCCUGGCCGAUACCACCAUCUGCGGUCGUGACAUUCCCAAGUUCAAGGACCUCGGUGUGAACACCAUCCGUGUCUACUCCGUCGACAACUCCAAGGACCACAAGGAGUGCAUGCAGAAGCUCGCCGACGCUGGCAUCUACCUCGUCGCCGAUGUCAACAACCCCAAGUACUCCAUCAACCGCGCCGACCCUCACCCUUCUUACAACGCCGUCUACCUCCAGAGCGUCUUCGCCACCGUCGAGGAGUUCGCCCAGUACGACAACACCCUCGCCUUCUUCUCCGGAAACGAGGUCAUCCACGAUGAGGCCAACACCACCUUGACCGCCCCCUACGUCAAGGCUGUUACCCGUGACAUCAAGAACUACAUGGCCUCCCGCGGCCUUCGCCACGUCCCCGUCGGCUACUCUGCCGCCGAUGUCGCCGACAAUCGCAUGCAGUCCGCUGAGUACUUCAACUGCGGUAGCGACGAUGCCCGCUCCGACUUCUUCGCCUUCAACGACUACUCCUGGUGCAGCUCCAGCUUCAAGCAGUCUGGAUGGGACGUCAAGGUUAAGAACUUCACCGACUACGGUAUUCCCAUUUUCCUGUCCGAGUACGGUUGCAACACCAACACCCGUACCUUCGACGAGAUGGAGGCUCUCAUGAACUCUGAGAUGACCGGCGUCUACUCUGGUGGUCUGAUGUACGAGUACUCACAGGAGGCCAACAAGUACGGUAUCGUCGAGAUCAGCGGCAGCACUGUCUCCGAGCUUGACGAGUACGCCAACUUCAAGAGCGCUCUUUCCAAGUAUCCCGCCCCUACUGGUGAUGGUGGUGCCGCCUCUACCUCCCACUCUGUCGCUUGCCCUACCUCUGACUCCGUCUGGAUGGUCGACCCCACUAAGAUCCCUACCAUCCCCUCCGCUGCCGAGAAGUACAUGACCGCUGGUGCUGGUACUGGCCCCGGUCUCAGUGGCGAUGGCUCCCAGACCGCUGGUGACUCUGCUUCAGACGGCGAGACCACCGGAGGUGUUGCCUCUGCCAGUGCUUCCGGCGGCGCUUCCGCCACUGGCUCUUCCAACGCUGCUCCUGGCAUGACCUUUGGUAGCCCCAUUGAGAAGGCUCCUUUGGCUGUUGCCGGUCUGGCCGCCCUGUUCACCAUGUUCGGUGCCUUCCUGUUGUAA